AGUGACGUAGUGAGCAAACAUACAGCGACUGACACAUGCGGUAUUUACAGAAGAGCUCGUCCAGUGCAUACGUUUGUCUGCGAGUCCACCGCGACCUCCACCCGAUAAGCCCCGCAGAGAGCACAGUCAUGGCGCCCUUGUCUUCACCCCUGGCGUCUCUCCUGAAGCACAAGGACUUUCUACAGAAGGCGUCUCUCUUCUGUAAUGUAUUACAGAGUUUACAUCAUCCGCCAUUCACAUCUUUCUUAUGGAAACGGAAUUUCGGUGCAGUAGCGCAUGGGGUCGGUAAACUCCUGUCACACCAACCAAGAAGCACAAACUACGCAGCAUGUGUGUGCAGCAGCUCUGCAGACGGGCAGGACAUUACCGAGAGGCUCAGGUCUGUUUACAAUGAGACCAAAAGGCAGACUGGAGAUUUGAUCCCAGCCAUUACCUCCAAUGCAGUCAACCCUGACACCAUUUUUGCCAACAAUGAGAUGAGCCUCCGAGACACAGAGGUCUAUGGCUUCGACUAUGACUACACCCUGGCGUUUUAUUCCAGGAACCUCCACACCCUGAUCUUCAACAUAGCACGGGAUAUUCUCAUCACUAACCACAGGUAUCCAGAGGGUCUGCGAGAUUAUGAGUAUAUUCCUAAUUUUGCCGUGAGAGGACUUCACUAUGAUGUGCAGAAGGGACUGCUGAUGAAGAUAGAUGCUUUUCACUACAUCCAGUUGGGAACUGUGUACAGAGGUCUGGAUCCAGUUCCUGAUGAGGAAGUAAUUGCCAUGUAUGAAGGUUGCCAUGUACCUCUAGAGAACAUGAGUGACUUCUAUGGCAAGAGCUCCCAUGGCCAAACCAUGAAGCAGUUCAUGGACAUUUUCUCCCUGCCUGAGAUGACCCUGCUGUCCUGUGUCAACGACUUCUUCAUGAGGCACAAUAUCGACUAUGAGCCAGUGCAUCUCUACAAAGACGUGAAGGAAGCCAUCAGAGAUGUUCACGUCAAAGGCAUUAUGUACCGCGCAGUGGAGGCAGAUAUCGGGAAAUACAUUUGCUAUGGUGAGCAGAGCCAUGCUGUUCUGAAGAAGCUGGCAGAGCAUGGAAAAAAGAUGUUCCUCAUUACCAACAGCCCAUUUGACUUUGUGGAUCGAGGAAUGAACUUUAUCGUAGGGAAGGACUGGCGGGACCUGUUUGAUAUUGUCAUCGUUCAGGCCGACAAACCGGGUUUCUUUAACGACAGGAGGAAACCUUUCAGACGAGUGACAGACAAAGGUGCACUGCUGUGGGACAGGAUUCACAAGUUGGAGAAAGGGAAGAUCUACAAACAGGGAAACCUUUAUGAGUUCCUGAGACUCACCGGCUGGGGAGGAUCCAAAGUGCUCUACUUUGGUGAUCACAUCUACAGUGACUUGGCAGAUCUGACUCUGAAACAUGGCUGGAGGACGGGUGCCAUCAUCCCUGAGCUGAGGAAGGAGAUUAAGAUCAUGAACACAGAGGAGUAUGUGCACAUGAUGGCCUGGUUACAAGCGCUGACUGGACUUAUUGAGCAGAUGCAGGUUCACAGGGAUCCAGCAUCUCAAGCUGUCGUGGAGGAGUGGAUCAGCGAGAGAGAAGACAUGAGAGCACAGACGAAGGACAUCUUCAACCCUCAGUUCGGGAGUCUCUUCCGGACGUACCACAACCCCACCUACUUCUCACGCCGACUCUCACGCUUUGCUGACAUCUACAUGCCCUCCAUCAGCUGCUUGCUCAACUAUGACUUCCAGCACACCUUCUUCCCUCGCCGCACCCCCCUGCAGCACGAGUCCCCCUUCUGGCCUGAACACAGUCCUACUGGUGUUCCCCGGUCAGCUCCGGGGACUAAAGCAGAGUCCGAUUAGAGAGAAAGAGAGGGAGAUGGAAUUCAAAAAUAAAGUUAAGGAUCAUCUCCAUUGCUGAUCUAUUUAUAAAAAAAAAAGGAAAUUAUUAGGAUUUUAGAAGAUGCCACACAAGUACAAUUGGAAACAGUCACGGUAAUACUUAUUAGACUAGUUAGAUAUUUCCUCUCAAACUAUUCAGGAGGAGCAGUGGAUGUAGUUCUCUCAUUUAAAACAUGGUUUUUUAAUCGCACAGAAUUUAAGACAUUGAAUGCACUGAUUGUUUUAGGUUUACGUAUAUGUGUUACUGUUGGACUGUGUGUUUGUCUUGAGUGUGUUUGAGAGAAAAGGCUGCAUUUACACAGUCUAAACAAUAAGGGGCAGUCACACAUCAUGUCUAUCAAGGAUCUCUGUUGCAUCAUUUCUUCCCUGUCAUAUUACCUUUGCUUUUCUGCUCUUUCCAUCCGUUACAAGAGACUGACGGUGAAAUAGUCAUACUAGACAUUUCCAUAACAAACUCUGUUGCCUUACUCUCUUUUUUCACAUUACUACAAUGUGUUUAUUUUUACAGCCACAUGUUAUCUAUGGUAAUCAAUAUUUCAUUUUGAGCUGCCAUUGUGACAUGCUGCACAUUUAGGUUUAGAGAUCUCUGUAUUUGAUUAUCUGAACUCGUUUCUUACACCACAGCCUGUAUGUGUCAUGAUGCUGAGAAAUGUUCAUAUUUUCAGGAACAAAUAGAUCAUUGUUGCUAUAUUUAGCACAGGAGUUGCUAUUUGAUCUGUUAACCCUUGUAUGGUGUUCGGAUCUGUGGGACCCGUUUUCAUUAUUUAGUUAAAGAAAAAUGAUAUGAUAAAUUAUUUUUUCAAACCCACAAUCA